AUGGCAUCCCGGUCCGCGGUAAACAGCACCCGGCACAUCUACAAAGCCCUCACAAGGCCGACAUCCGCGCGGCUCAUCGGCCUUGCCAGAAUCCAAAAUGCAGCACUGUCGUCCUCUCCGCGGGCCAACUCGGGCGCGGCCUCAAACCCGGCCAUGGCAUUCCCCUGCCUAGACGCCCUGGAAACCAAGUCUGCCACCUUGCAAGCGAGCCGGUCCUCGUCCGGCCCCGAGCCCAGCUACACGUCUGGACCGACGGAGACGUUCCAUUGCAAAGAUCCGCUGCUCCUCGACUGGGGCGGCAUCCUGCCCGAGUUCACCAUUGCGUACGAGUCGUGGGGCGCCGUCAACGCAGACAAGUCCAACGUCAUCCUGCUUCACACGGGGCUGUCGGCGUCGUCGCACGCCCAUUCCACCGCGGCCAACCCCCAGCCCGGCUGGUGGGAGAAGUUCAUCGGGCCCGGCGCGCCGCUCGACACGGACAAGUACCACGUCAUCUGCACAAACGUCAUCGGCGGGUGCCACGGCUCCACGGGGCCCAGCAGCAUCGACCCGGGCAACGGCGAGCGCUACGCGACGCGGUUCCCGAUCCUGACCAUGCAGGACAUGGUGCGCGCGCAGUUCCGGCUCCUCGACCACCUGGGCGUGGACAGGCUCCACGCGAGCGUGGGCUCGUCCAUGGGCGGCAUGCAGUCGCUCGCGGCGGGCGUCCUGUUCCCCCAGCGCGUCGGCCGCAUCGCCCGCCGCGACGGCACCUACGCCGCCGACGACGCCGCGUGCUCGCUGACCCUGCCGCCCCGGCCGUACGAGGAGCAGCCCGCCAGCCAGGUCGACACCUCGGCGCCCCUGGAGCCCGCCUCGUCGAGGCCCCCCGAGGAUCUGGUCCUCGGCCUGGCCGCCCUGAGGGACACGCCGACGCUGGUUCUUGGCGUCGCGAGCGACAUACUGUUUCCGGCGUGGCAGCAGCGCGAAAUUGCGCAGAGCCUGCGCCUAGCUGGGAAUAGGGGCGUCACGCACGUCGAGUUGAGUGAGGAGAUGAGUCUCUUUGGGCACGAUACCUUCUUGUUGGACUUGGAGCAUGUUGGCGGGAAUGUUAGGAUGUUUUUGAAUUAG